ACAAUGUUUAGUAAACAGUGUAUAUUAAAAUGUGAUUGAUUUGAACGGUGAAUCAAAUGUGAAUAGUCAAAAUGAAUUUUACAGAAUUAAUAACGAAACAAUACAACAAUGUAAAGAAUUAUGAAUACCUCAACACAUUAUACAUGGACAUUAGUAAUGGUGAAGUGCCUUUUGAUCAAGAAAGACUGGUCGAGUUUUUCCUUCACACAGACCCAGACACGUUAUAUUUUCAACAGCUGAUCAGAACUUUUGAGGAGAACAAAUCCGAUCUUCAGUCGUUCACGCCUGAAUUAAAAGUAUAUUUGAUCAUAUUCCUCGGAUUCUGUUUGAGGGAACAGGAACCCUGUUAUACGGAAAAUGUGAGAAUUUUGAGUGCAGUAUUAUACAUUAAAGUGAUUUCACCACAAGAAACCAGAGAGAGGUUCUUUAAACAGUCAUUAUUUGAACAGUCCAUUGAUGUUGCUGCAUGUGACACCAAAAAAGUUGAUCUUUUGUCUCAAUUAGCUGAAGCCAUUUAUAAUUAUAUUAUUAAUAAUGUGGAUAAUAUUGAACCAAAAAAUGCAUAUGUUGCAACUGGAACAAUUGGAGUUGUUGCAAUUAAUACAUCACAGACAGUAUUGCUUAAUUUUGAUGGAGAAGAUUUGACAAGCAAGUGUUUUCAGUAUUUAAAAAAUAUUUUAAUGAUUGACAAUUCAGAUGAUGACGUUACAAGGGGUCUAUUUAGUGUGUUGUUCCAACCAGUGCUGUCUAACUUUUAUGCAAAACAAAAUCAUGCAGUUGUGGUUGAAAAUUUCAAAAAUUUCAUUGUGUCAGGCUUUUUGGAUAAUUUAGAUGAAAGGCGAAAGGAUCUGCUUGUUUCUGGAUUUAAACUCCUUUGGAGGGAGCCUGAUUUUACUCAUUAUGAACAUGCUGCUAUUCUGGUCAAUAAACUUCCAAAGGAUGUGUAUAGCGAAAUUAUCAGAUUUAUGGGCAUGUAUAUGGCCAGCAAAGGCCAACAAGCAUGUCACACAAAUCUAGUAAAUUUAUUACCAGCAAUUUUCGAAAAUUUACCUCCGUUUGCCGAAGAAUUGAAACUUCUAGUUUUGUAUGAAGUGGCAUUUCGACAAUUGGUCACAUUAUGUCAUGACAGCAAUCCAUGUGCCAAAGAUGCCAUACAAUCUUUAUCCAAAAUAUGUUUGCUGCAAAACAAUACGGUCCGAAAUGUGUUAUAUAAUUACGUGAAUAAAACCGUGUUUGAUUCCGUAUCUUUUACCGCACUACUUUCGUACCUCCUCUAUCAAUUGAAUCACAACAAUACCACGUACACGUCGAAAAAGACCCAACUAACAAUUAUUAUAUGUGCGUUAGUCCCUUGCGCCAGCAGAAUACCGCAUCAAAUGGUCAACCAACUCUUGUACAUGUUGUGCUGGGACUGCACGCCCUUCGCCCUGAAACCCUGCAUGGGAGUCUUGGAAGAGCUUUUCCUCAAGCUAAAACUGAAGGGGGAAAAGGUCAUUUCACAGAGGAUAGUGAAGAUAUUCAUGAAAAUGGCUACGCAUUCGGAUGCGACUCAUUUGGAGUACGUCAAGUUGAUGUACAAGGCGAUGUUCACGCCGAGGACCAUCAAUAAUAUACAAUAUUCCGUUGAUCAUUUCAUUAGUGCGAUCGUCGAGGAAGAAAAUGUCGACUAUCUGUUCCAGCAGUGCGCCAGAAUUAAAAUAUUGAAGGAGGAGCACGUUGGGCUCCUGAUUAAUUCGUUGAACGUCGAGAAUGAGGCGCAAUUGAAAUUGUUACGUCUUAUGGUCAAGUUUACGGACUACAAAGAAGUUCGACGGAUGUGCCAGUAUAUUUUAGGCAACUUUAGAGAUAUUAUUAUAAGUGAUAACUUGAAAGAUGUAUUGUUUGUUUACAACGUACUGCUGGAACACAAGGGUCAAUUCACUGAAAAUGAGUUGUCUGAAAUAGAUGUUAUUUACUCGAAGAUCCACGAAAGUAUGCUCAAUUUGAACAUUAGAGUUGAAUGUUAUCAGAAUGCGUAUUCAAUUUUGGAAAAGUCACAUCAGGUGUUGGGCAUUACUGAUCAAACACCAUUUGAUUUAAUUCACACAAAAUACAUGGAAGAACUUGAAAGGAAUCUUUUCUCUGAGGAAAAAUGUGUGAAAAAUCUUAUGCUGGCAACUGAACACGUCUUAAGGAGUGAAGAAAUGCCUUCACAAAAAUGUCAAGAUAAAAUUAAGGCUUUGACGACGGAAAAGAGUCUACUUGAAGUGAAAAACAGCGAACUCUGGUUUGGUUACGUCCAUCUUGCUGAAGCUUUAACACUAAAACACAAAAGCCAAUUUUUGGAACACACACUGAAUCUCUUAAACCAAGGUCUUAAAUCAAAAGAUUAUGGCAGCACUCAUAAAGUAUACUUACUCAGAAUUCUUUACUUGAUAAAUACAGAGAUUGUUAAUGAUUUCGGUGACUUAAUAUUUCACAGUUUUAACGAAUUGGGACGCGAAGAUGUUACAGUUAAGAAACUAGUGGCGGUAUACAUUGAAGAAUUAAUUGAGUUAGGAUAUUUGAUGUUGACAUCAAAACAAUUCUUUUUAUUAAUUACACUAAUGUUGGACCCUGAAGCGUCCUUCUAUAUGAAAGAUUUACUUUCUAGAAGAUUUAUGGAAAGACAAUGUUCAACAGUAGCCAAAUAUUUUAUAAAAUUUAUAUUACACAUAAACAUGUAUGAGUAUGGAGGUAACAGCAUAAGCAAGGAAUUCUCCAAAAUAAUAGCCAACUUACAAACGAACAUUAAGGAAGAUUUGUUGGAUGUAUAUAAUUUUUUGUACAAAAACAUGCCAGUUAAGUACAAAUUCACCAUUAUAAUGGAAAUUAAUGAGUUUAUGAGAGAUUAUACGAAAAUGACACUGACUCAAAAUGAUCGUUUGAUCCACGUCAUAGAAGAUUUCCUGUAUGUCUACUAUCUAACUGCAUUUAUAGAAAAAGUCAAUGCUGUUGAUGUGUAUGACCAGGCCAAUAAACUGUUACUUAAUGAGUGGGAUACUAAGGAUGCUAAUGAUGCUAAAACUGAAGUUAAGUCGUCCGAGGAAAUUCAUGAUCGUGUCAUAAAGUCAAUACAUACAUUAAUGUUAACGUUUUUCUUCAACGAAAAUAAUCUGACUAAUGCUACAUUAAAGAAGAAGCUAUUUUACUUAAUUAUGCACUGGAUUGUAUACUUUAAAUAUCACGUUAUUCACUGGUUGAUUUCCGACGAAGGAGAUGACAUUAAACUUUAUUUUGAGAAAAUGAAGGAUUAUUACAGCAAAAAUAUUCAAGAAUUACAACAGAUUUUAAAGUUUUAAAUCAGUAUUACGUGUGAUUAUGUCAACUAAGGCGGCAAUCACAACAGCAAUACGCGACGGUGGCGAUAUCUUAAUGCUGGCAAGCUCACCAAGAAGUGUUCGUUAAGUGAUGAAGAAGCAAUCGUAGUGAAGAUUUUGAGUUCAUCCUUAUUUGACUAAUGUCGCACAUAGAAUGACUUUUAUUUACGCAAGAGAAAUAUUUGUAAUGAAAAGAAAUUCAGUCAUUUAUAUAAUAUAAAAGAAAUAUUUAAGUUACUACAUGGCGUUGAGGUAUUCGUUGUAGUCGCGUGUUAUAAAAGCCUUACUGUUUUACUGAUUGCAUUUAAAGUACAAAAGAAGUUAUUUUUAUAUUAGAUUAUGUAAAUAAGAAUUUUAUAUAAUUUAUUACAUAAAAUUUCGUUU